CCUACAUGAAGUAUAAAUCCAGGGGUGUGUCGCGGUUUUGAGACUGGGUCUACCGAUGGUGACAUCACUCGCCCCAGCCCUCCUUUCGGCCUCUUUUCACCCAGCAUUCAAGAUGGUGGCUGAUGGUAAGAUGAACCCCAUGAAGGAGCUUCGCAUCAGGAAACUUGUCCUGAACAUCUGUGUCGGCGAAAGUGGUGACAGGUUGACCAGGGCAGCUAAGGUGCUGGAACAACUCACAGGACAACAGCCUGUGUUCUCAAAAGCUCGCUACACUGUCAGGUCUUUCGGUAUCCGUAGGAACGAGAAGAUCUCAGUUCACUGCACUGUCCGUGGCCCAAAGGCCGAGGAGAUCCUAGAGAAGGGCCUGAAGGUCAAGGAGUAUGAGCUUGUCAAGGGAUGUUUCUCUGCCACUGGCAACUUUGGAUUUGGAAUCCAAGAACACAUUGAUCUUGGUAUCAAGUAUGACCCAUCUAUUGGCAUCUAUGGCAUGGACUUCUUUGUCGUCCUGGGACGCCCUGGCUUUAACAUCUCCAAGCGCAAGCAUAAACAAGGCCGUGUUGGCUUCCCCCACAGGCUCACUAAGGACGAUGCCAUGAAGUGGUUCCAACAGAAGUACGAUGGUGUCCUCCUCAAUAAAUAAAUCCAGCCUGUACCAUCUGUCACAAAGUUGUAUGUUUGAAAUAAAUCAAAUUACACCAA